ACUUUUCCAUAAUUAUUUAUAAACACGAAUCAUAUUGCAAGUCUUUUUUACAAUUCUAAUUCAUUUUAUAUAUCAGUCAUCAUAUUGAUUGAAAAUAUACAUAUAAUGUAGGUUUUUAUUAAAAAAAAAUUGUACAUAUAUUAAAUUAGGAUACGUGGUGUUACCACGAUGUUUUAUUGUGAAACAAUUCCGCAGAAUCCUGCAAUCGUUGCGAUAAUCGUGUUAUGAACUUUUUAUAGCUUACAAUAGUCGCAAUAAUCUUGCAUUGCUGUAACAACACACAUUGCAUUGCGUGUAUAAUCAAAGUAUUUCCAACACAAUGGAACGUUAUUGAAUCUCACAAGGGAUAGCGGCGCGCGGUCUUGCUGGAUCGAAUCGCGCCAUAUCUUUAUCAACGAUCGGCGAAGGUGCCGUAGCCAGACGCGGCAAGUACCGCAAAGCGGUUACUCGCGAAGUGAAAGCCGCGGGAUUGCAGGGGCUCGCACUGUGGGUCCCGCGCAGUCAGUACGAGGCGAGCUGAGAGCUGGCAUGUCGAUCGUCGUGCAUCGCGUAGUCGUCAACGAGUCGUCACGUUGAGCAUCUCUAAAAAGAUCGAGCCCAUUCCCGGGGGUAACGCGGUUCCGCGCGAUCUGGUUCAUGCGUCUACGUAGGAUGAGAUCAGACUGAGCGCAAUGACAACGAGAUACUUUGUGUUUGCCAUAACUCUAGCCUGCGUUGCAGCGUCUGCCGCGCAAGUCUACAAGAGCCAUCCUGAGGAGGCGGCUGCACCUGCGGUCGAAUCGGCGUCCACGAAUAAUGAUUUCAUCACGCAAACCGUAUACGGGUUCCUGGACUUCACCACGACCAUCGGCAACACGGUGAUGGUGUUCAGUCCCCAGAGCGCACCACCACCAGGGGCGGCGGACGCUGGGAAGAAGAUCACGUCCACCACGCCAGCGAUUCACACGAAACCACCGACGACGGAACCGAAAAAGAAUGCCCCUGACAUCCAGCCCAGCAAAACGCAUAAGCAGGAUGCGCAGAGUGAGACGAAAAAGCAGAUAAAAGGCACGAAGGUCGUCGUGAAUUCUGUCGUCGAGCAAAACGUGGUGAACCCGUCCGUGGACGCCGCACCGAAACUCACGAAGAGCCAGGAGACAAGCAAGCAGACGACGACAAAGACGCCUGUACUGUCGUCGGUCGUUCAAAUACGCGCCAAAGAUGAGACACCGGGUGUAAAGAACAACCUCGCCGAGCCGGAAUACGAUUUUCUCUCGAAGCAACCGACAGAAGUGAUCGACGAGACGUAUAAGCUGAUCAAUCUGCGGCCUUCGUCGAAAGCGCACGCGAAGCCGCGCGCUACGCCGCGAAGAGACAAGGAGAACCCGACCGGCUUGGUGACCAAGUUGGGCGGCACUAUCGUGAAAGACGGGCUGACCACCGUGCACGAGACCAGCGUGAUCGGCACUUAUAUUAACGGCAAGUACGCCCAAGUGCUGCAGAGCUCUUCCAGGAUCCUGACAGCGCCGGCAGCGGCUGUCCCUGAAGGCAAGAUCCGGCCAUCGAACACUCACCGCAUCUUAAAGACCAUCGGACCCCAGCACGGCAAGCUCAAGCCCCAGCUGGAGCCUACGCCGACCCAUCAGCAGCAGGAGGAGUCUUCGUUGCCACUCGAGGUGCUGUUCGACGCGUCCUCUGGCACUCCAAUACGAACGACGCGAAGGCAUCAUUCGGCCGGCGGUCAGCCUCGGCUCAAGUUCCGAAACAAGAUCUCCGAGGACUAUGACAGUAAUGAACCGCAGCAAACGAGGAUCGGGAAGAAUCGUGCGACGACGGCACGGCCCAAUUUCAAGAAUCGCCCCGCGACGACGACUACCACGGAGGCGCCAGUUACGCGUCGUCGUAGCGGUUUCCGACCGAGCAGCCAGUCCACCGGUUCGCCUUCCAAACAGAUCUCGAAGUCGAAGAAUGAGCAACAGCCGACGACAACGGCCAGUCUGCCGGUGCCCAAGGUGAAGCUACCUCGGACCCAGGGUCGCUGGUCGUACAAGACCACGCCGAAGCCGAGGAUCGUGAUUCGCAAGCAAGUGGACGAUGAGGAACUGCGCGCGUCGUCGACGGAAAAUCCGAGCACAACGGAAUCGCUCGCGACGAUAUUGGACGACGGUAGAGUGGCGGCGACCGUCGGCGCUGCAUCGACGGCCGGCGGUAUCGCCAACGCUCAGAGGAAGGAAUUAUCCUUGACCGAAGACGAAUUGGACCCCAGCGAGAGCGAGGAUGUGGCUAGUGUGACCGUGCAAGAUCACCAGCACUCCGGAGAACAGAUCCUGCCAGUGGAGACGCUCAACGUGGAGAUCUCCACCGUGGCGGACCAGGACAGUGUGUACUUUGAGAUCGCCACUAUCAAGUCACCUUACGCCUUUCAGGUGGGUACACUACGAAAUACCCGGUACAUCACGGUGACGUCGACGAUCAAGAAGACCUUCGCCACAGCCGAGGCGAGUAGCUCGAUCUCACCCACGGAACCGUUAACGGAGAACAUCCUCGCUAACACAGGAGCAGCCUACGAGUCCAGCCUACCACUGGACUCGUCAGUUGCGACUCUACCGGCUAUUUCGUUGGAUCCCGGCCAGGCGACACCGCCGUUGGAGACGCUGACGGAAACGUUCUCGACGACGCAGACGUUGCUGAAGACGCACAUGCUGCCAGUAAUCUACGGCGGUAACAGCACCACCCGGCUAACUCUGGUGCAGACGUACAACAUCGCGCGUGUGGUAACGGCAACGAAGACGUUACCUCCGAUGGAGAUCUACCAGUUCAUUCCCAGCAAGACACUGAACGAGUUCAACUCGAAGCUCGACGAGGCCGGCAGCGAGCUGCACCUCGAGCUGGACUUCGGCGAAGAUGAUCGUGACGACGAGGACGUGCCUAAGAGAGUGGUAGUGCCCAACAACGACGCUGAUUCUGACCUGGACGUAUUCAGAUCAGCGUCGCCGUCGAAGGUGAAAACCGACGUCGUCACCAGCAGCAGUGCUGAAGCUCAGCUGACUCCGGAGCAGGCCCAGCAGUUGGCCCUCUUCAAAUACUUUGGUCAGCCGCAGCCCCAGGUGAUCACCACGUCCAGGCCAGUGGUCGUUCUGGAGACGUUGUACGAGUCGCACGUUAUUCCCGUGGUGAACGCGGGCAACACCGUCUUCUCCACGUUAUCCAGGCCAGUUGGCACUGUGCCCAGGACGUCCUACGAGUAUGGCACAUCCACUCUGAGCCCGGUGCUCUCACCGCAGGUGCCACAGGUGCCGCAGGUACCUCAGCUGCCGUUGUUCCCUCAGCAGCCACAGUUCACAGUGACCAGCGCGCCAUUGAUCACCCAAACUCUCGCCACCAUAUCCGAGUCGAGGGUGCUGAAGCUCACAUUCGGCGCCAAGACCGCCUACACCACCCUCUUCUCCACAAAAGUCGUACCAACUGAACUCACCACCUACGUUACCACCACAUUGCCGGUUCAGCCGACAGUAGCAGCCUAUCCCGGCUAUUAUCCGCCGCCGGUGCCUUACCCGGCUUUCCCCUUCGUCGGUUAGACUUGAAUCUAACUCUCGAAGUCUUCGCGAUGCAGUUCGAUCGCGAUCGAUUGUCAAACAGACUCGCCCCUUUGAAGGAUAAUACUCAAAUUUUGACUUUAUUCGCAACAGUUCUGUUUUUCCUUGAUAGUAUUAGUAUCGACGUCUUUAAGAUUUCGCGCCGUUAAAUAGUAUUAUUAGAAUGAGAGAUGUCUUAUAAAACGUUUAAUUUAAUAGGAAAUUUCAUUUGCCCGUUGCGAUGAGUCUCACUACAUCCGUGUCAAAUGAAAGUAGAAAUUGGUAAUAUCGCGAUAUUCUUCAGGUCUUUUGCUAUCCGCCGAUAGUUCCGUAAUUUCAUGUAAUAACAACGUUUAGUGACGAUUUAGGUCAGUGCAUCUCGAGAUAAGUGGAACACGGAGAAAUGUAACUGGUUGUAUUAAACGAAAAAAAAUUGUAAAGUUACAGAGGCCUAAUUAUUCGAUAUAAUAGAGCGCUUUCUUUGGCGAUGAUCGUGAUGUGACGAGGUAUCGCGAAUUAUUGUAAAUAAAUUAUUGACUAUAAUAUUGUAUAUCGUAUAUUGUAUAUGUAUAUCGCGUACUUUGUAAAUAAAUAAUGAAAAAAAUGUUAACCCCCACCAUAUUGUAGACGAUGAUUCUGCGACGGUCACAGGGAAUAAUCCUGAAUAUGAAAAUAAUGCUAAAUUUAUGGGUAACGCUUAAUUAGGUAUAUAAGUUCUAAAUGAAAAUAUAAUAAUUUAAUA